UUACUGUGGAGAUAUGUUUCUUUAUAAACGAACUUGAAGCGUUAAGACAUUCUGUUGCAAACCAUAUUACAGAGAGGUCUGUGCCAGAAGACUUUACUGCAAGAUAAGUAUUGAAAAAUUGAGUGUACACUCACCAAUUUAACGCCCUCUGAGUUGACGCAUCCAAAAUUUGUUGAACACUAUGCCAAAGAUUCAGACUUCGAUUAAUGCCAAGCCAACGCCUGCUGAGACACCUGAUAGUAAGGGUUUAGUAAGGAAGACACUAACUGCUUCAGAGCUUGUGGGAGAUAACAGCAAUUUUUAUGUGUUUUGUCAGACCUGUGUCCGUGCAGAAAAGGACAAUGAGGAGGUAGACUCUCAAGACAAGAGCCAGUUAAUCAAAAAUGGAGACAUGAAACAAGGGGCGUUUGCCAAGUUCUGCAGCAAUUUUCAGAAGAAAAUAAACGUUGAAAAUACACAGGAAAAAAAGUGUGAACAAACCAUCUUCGUGUCCUGGGAUUACUGAUGUCGUAUUUGGUGUAGCUUUAACUGCAACUGCUGUCUUGCUUAUGGUUUAUAUCUUUUGCCUAAAAUCAAGAAUCCUGGCCAAGAUUUAUUACGUUUUUUCUGAGUCAAUUGAGGUGCAGUACGGUGAAUGGAAGAUGAGAUCAGGAAUAUUUAGGACUAUGAGACUAGAUUUCUUCACAACUAUUUAAUUCACAGAUACAUUGAGUUUUGCUGGUAUUAGCAUCUUGGAAGAUGUUUUGGCCACCUUGGUCCUCGUGGUUACUUUUAUGUUGCUGUGAAUGCUGUUCAGAUGGUUUGGUAUUAUCCCCCCCCCAUGGGAAUGGAUGACCUUUCUGGCAUACUGACCCCACGUCACUAACCACACGCGCAUGGACGAGUGCCUGGAUGUUGCUCUCGACUUCUGGAGUGGAGCGACCCAGAGCCACCCAAUCACUGACCCUGACGUCAGACAGUGCCAUGCCCGGUCCACAGCAAGGAGUAGAAGCAGCGGUACCUCCAUACAUUGGGCAGCCAUUUUGACAUUCUUGGAGUAGGGUCUGGAUCAUUGAGAUGGUUGCCUGAUGUAUGCUGGAACUGCUGAUGGCUCUCUCGCACCUCAGGGUCCAGCAUGAUGUUGUCUGACUGCUCAUCUGGGUCAGCCUCUGUGUCUCGGAGGUUGGUAUCCGCUCCGGAGUUUAGGAGUAUUUGUCCUACUGAGCAGUGUGCGAUUUGGGAUCAGCGUGCCAGAUGAUACAAUAAGGUCCGUAUAAAAGGAGAUUAUGUCCAGUGAUCAUGAAGGAUAUGGCAUUCGCUCCUUAUUUGAUCCACUGGCUGGUGUAUUUGCUGCUAAGAACUACUAUCUCAGCAGCAUUCACAACAUAAGUCACCAUCUGGAGAGAAAGAUUGCCAUCAUCUUCUGGAUGUUGAUAUCACGAUAUCUGAUGAAUCCGACUGUAAUAAGGCUACACUUAUAAAUCUACUGGAAAACUAUAUCGUGCCAACAA